UUGAUAAUUUUCUAGUACAUUUUUGUAUAUAUUUUUAUAGUCCUGUUUAGUUUAAAUUAGAUUUACAAAAUGUAUUAAGUGGGACUUUUAUUUUGACAUGUUCUGCGGGCUUCGGGGGAAAAGGAAGUAAGGGGAGAGCGCGAGUUAUAGUGGAAAGAGCUAAGAGAAAGCACGCGCUUCGCGCAGAGUUGUACUGUUUAUCAAGUUUAACGAAGUUUAAUGGUAUAUGCACCCCCUCGGAAAAGGCACAAGCUCUUACGGUGAUUGGUGAUGUGAUUUAUUGAAAGCAUAAAGAAGUGAAACAGACUCAAUAAAAAACUUCAUUGACAUCAGUAAAGAAGUGUCCAUCAUUCGAGAGGGGUCUGCUACAGUAAGAGCUUCACCUUCGCUGGUUUGGAUCUCGGCCGCACGUGCUUUUGUGGAUGGGGCAACGUGACGAUCGUUAAUGAAGUGCAGCACGAUGGAAUCAGCGUGAUGGAGAGCUGAAACGCCAUACAAGUGAGUUGAUUAUGGAAAUUGAAACUGAAGACCCAGAUUCUGAAAGGUCGCUUCAAACAAAGCCAGAAAGUGUAAAGGAAAAGCACGGAGAAGGAUCAGUUAAAUAUAAAGAGAAAAAUGCCACUGAAAUCCCGUGUCAUUCACAAGACAGUACAGGAUUGCCUCGACGCUCAGAACGUCCACAUAUGCCUUCAGAGAAAAUGCUUGCUUACCAGAAAGAUGAGUGCUGUAAGAAAGAAAAAAGAAUUGACACUUUGUACGAACAAUGGAAAGUUGCUGCGCGUAAAGCAAGACAUGAUUUAAAGUCAGACAUCUCUGAUAAGCAGCUUGCUGAAAUCGCUGACUCACUAGAGGAUAAAAAGAACUGUAUUAUGAAAAUCUUCAGUGAGAUAAGGGAACAUAGUACACCCGCUACUGAUUUAAGACGUAAAAUUGACGCAUGUGAAGCUGUGACCAAUGAUUUAGUCAAAAUUGUACUGGAAAGGUUGGCAAUAGUAGAUGGCGAUUUUGAUGCAGAACAAGAAAGGAGACGUCUGCAUGAACUUUUAGCCCAUAGUUAUGCCCAUUCCAUAUACGGGUCCAGUACUUCGCAAACGAGUGUCAGCAGCAGUUCUAGAUCUUCUUGUACAAGCAAGCGUGCAGAUGCUGUGGCAGAGCUGGCUGCGAAAGAGGCUGAAUACAAGAUGAUGCAAGCGGAAAGACAGCAAAAGGAAAAAAUGAGAACUCUAGAAGAGCAGCUCAGACAAGAGCUAGAGACUCAAAGGUUUGAAUUAGAACGGCUACAGGUAGAAAAGGACAUAGAGAUCGCUCGAGCCAGAGUAAAAUCGUAUGAUGAAGAAAUAAAGCAAGAGACUAAGAGUCAGUCAAUGCAGUCUGAACACGAAAGUCAGAAAAGGAAAAUCUUCUCUGCAACAGAACGACAAUGCAGUGUUAUUCAGUCAACGACUCUCAGUGAAGUGUCUCAGCUUGCUCAGGCUGUUCAGGAUAGCAUAGCGAUCAACAGAUUGCCAAUACCAGAGCCAUCAGUGUUCAAUGGAGACCCGAUUCAGUUUGUAGACUGGAAAGCCUCAUUUAUGUCACUUAUAGAUCGAAAGGGCAUCUCUGCAGCUGAUAAACUCUACUAUUUGAAAAAGUAUGUCAGCGGUUCAGCGCACAGAUUUCUAGAAGGCACCUUUUAUAGAAGCGAUGAAGAAGCUUACAAAGAUGCUUGGAAUAAACUCAACCAACGAUAUGGCCAGCCCUUCAUCAUUCAAAGAGCAUACCGUGAAAAGCUGUCUAAGUGGCAUAAAAUACAGUCUAAAGAUGCAGAAGGUCUGAGAACAUUUUCAGACUUCUUAUAUGCAUGUCUGCAAGCCAUACCGCAUGUCAAAGGCUUAGAAAUACUGAACGAUUGUGAAGAGAACCAAAAGCUGGUACAGAAACUUCCUGACUGGGCAGCCGCCAGGUGGAACCGCCAGGUCACUACAGCGCUUAUGGACGGUAAGGAAUUUCCAAGCUUUCAAGACUUCGUAAAGUUCCUUUCAAUUGAAGCAGAGAUAAUGUGUAAUCCUAUUACGUCUUUGAACGCUCUUCAUUCACGUGAGUCACCUCCGGAGAGAAGAGUCUCGAAUGAGGUCAAAAGAAACAAGGCUACUGUUUAUAAGACGCAGACAAUAGUAAAUAGUGAUAAACAGACAGUGGCUAAAACACAGUCAAAACCGUCAUGCAUGUUGUGUCAAGAUGACAACCAUCAGCUCAGUAAGUGUCCUAAAUUAAUGGAGAAGUCGCUGAAAGACAGAAGGUCGUAUGUCAAAGAUAACAAGCUCUGUUUUGGAUGUAUGAAACCAGGUCACUUUGCUAAGGAAUGCCGUCGUCGUCACACAUGUGAUGUAUGCAAAUUGAGACAUCCCACAAGCCUUCAUGAUUACAACUACGAGUAUAAUGGAUACCGAAAGCAACCAACAGUGAACAAUGAGAGUGAGAUUACUGAUGCCACGUCUCUUAACGUCACAAGAGAAGGUCAUUCAGUCAUUACAUCUAUGAUUGUACCUGUAUGGGUGUCGUCCGUCAAAAAUCCAUCUAAUGAACAGCUUGUCUAUGCUUUGCUUGACACUCAAAGUGACACCACUUUCAUUGAUGAAGGAGUGAGUAAAGUACUGCAAGUGGAUGCUCAUCCUAUCAAACUCAAACUUACUACUCUGAUGGGAGACAGUAUGAUCAUUAACAGUAAAAGGAUCACUGAUCUUCAAGUGAGAGGGUAUAAUUCAUCAGUACAUAUCAAUCUGCCUCCAGUAUACACCAAAGAGUGUAUUCCUGUCAAUCGUGACCACAUACCAACUAGGGAAACGGCAAAGAACUGGAGUCACUUGAAGGUAAUCUCAAAGGAUAUGUCACCUCUUCUCGGCUGUGAAGUAGGGUUACUGAUUGGUUACAAUUGCCCCAGAGUGUUAGCUCCUAGAGAAGUCAUUCUAGGUAAAGAAGAAGAACCCUAUGCCAUUCUAACUGAUCUAGGUUGGAGUAUCGUAGGCAGCUCCACAUCAAGCAUUCAUGAAUCCACAGCAAUUGGUCUUUGUCACAGAAUAGCCACAAAGGAGAUUCCAGCUCUGACACCUGUGGAUGCCAUACAUGUGCUCGAGUCUGACUUUAAAGAUGUCACUGUCGGCGACAAGACAAUUUCACAGGAUGAUAUCGUGUUUUUGGACAAACUCAAAGAAGGCAUAAAGAGAAAUGCACAGGGACAUUAUGAAAUGCCUCUCCCGUUCAAACAACGUCCAUACUUACCUGAUAACAGAGAGCUUGCCAAGGUCAGAUUCAAUCACUUGAACAAGAAGUUCUGUAAAAAUGAGAAAUACAAGGCAGACUACAUUGCGUACAUGAAUGAUAUCAUUGAAAGAGGUGAUGUAGAAACAGUGAAUGAUGAUGGAACUGAUGGUGAAAAGUGGUACAUACCUCAUCAUGGCAUUUACCAUCCAAAAAAGCCAGACAAGCUACGUGUCGUGUUUGAUUGUUCCGCUAAAUUUAAAGGCACAAGUCUCAACGAUCAUCUGUUACCUGGGCCAGACAUGAUAAACAAUCUCACAGGAGUCCUCGUCAGAUUCAGAAAGCACCCCAUAGCUGUGACGUGUGAUAUAGAAAAAAUGUUCCACCAAUUCCAUGUUCAGGAAAAUGAUAGAGAUUACUUACGCUUCUUGUGGUGGCAGAACGGAGAUACAAACUCACCGCUUCAAGAUUACCGUAUGAAAGUUCAUCUCUUCGGUGCUGUUUCUUCGCCUGGGUGCGCAAAUUAUGGACUAAGACAUUUAGCCAGUGAGCAUUGUCAGUCUCACUCAUUAGCCGCUCAGUUCAUCAUAAGAGACUUUUACGUUGAUGAUGGAGUCACAAGCGUCGAAACAGUGGAACAGGCUAUUCAGCUAACAAAGGAGACACGAGAGUUGUGUGCAAAAGGAGGUCUACGACUUCACAAAUUUGUGUCCAAUGACAGCACUGUGCUACAGAGCAUACCAGCAUCAGAACGCGCUGUAAACUUUGAGACAAAGGAUCUUACUUUCGGUCACAUGCCACUUGAGAGAACUUUGGGUAUUCACUGGAACAUAGAGAGUGAUAGCUUCAGAUUCCACAUCCCAUUAAAAGGUCAACCUACAACACGUCGUGGCAUAUUGUCAACUGUUGCCUCAAUAUAUGAUCCUUUGGGCUUUGUAGCUCCUUAUGUUCUCAAUGGUAAGAGGAUCUUACAAGAAAUGUGUCGCAAGGGCACAAGCUGGGAUGAUCCACUGUCUCUUGCUCUCAGCCCAUGGUGGGAGAAAUGGCAGAAUGACUUUGUCAAUCUGGAAAAGGUUGACAUACCACGAUGUUAUGUACCUGCUAAUUUCGGCAAGAUUGUGAAAAGAGAGAUACAUCAUUUCUCUGAUGCAAGUACCUGUGGUUACGGUCAGUGUUCGUAUCUGAGAAUGAUCAGCGAGAAGGAUGAGAUUCAUUGUACUUUUCUCGUUGGUAAAGCCCGGGUUACUCCUAUAAAGAUCACUACAAUACCAAGAUUAGAGUUGACGGCUGCUGUGGUAUCAGUCAAAAUGAGCAAUAUGCUCAGAGAGGAGCUUGACCUCACCAAUGUCGAUGAAUUCUUUUGGACUGACUCAAAAGUUGUCUUAGGGUACAUAAAUAAUGAUGCUCGUCGUUUUCAUACGUUCGUAGCCAACAGAGUUCAAAAGAUACGUCAAAGCACAGCGCCCAAACAGUGGCUGUACGUCUCAACAGAUGAUAACCCUGCAGACAAUGCUUCAAGAGGUCCGUCUUUCCUGUGGAAGAAAGAAAUAGUGAGUUCAGGUGUUGUACCGGAACUUCCAGUAGGUGAUCCAGAAGUCAGAAAGACGCAGACCUUUCAUACAGAAACCACAGAAAGUAAAGAUCUCGUGGACCAUUUGUCUAAGUUUUCAUCCUGGUCUAAUGCUGUCAAGGCCAUUGCACGUCUUCUGAGAAGGGUUAAGAAGGAUAAGUCUAAUUCACCAGCAUCGGUGAGUGAACAAGAACAAGCUAGAUGCUUGAUUCUAAAAGGAGUGCAGAAACAAGUUUAUCAGAAAGAAAUGGAUGUCCUGAGUCAAGUCAUGCUGGUGGUGUAUGGGAGCGUCAAAUCAAAACUGUAA